GGUAGGAUACUGGGAGAAGAGAGCAAACAUAUGGUGUUAAAAACGUGUAGCCAAGUAUCAAAGAUGGCUAGGCGAGGAGUGCCAGUUACUGACGAUCUAAUUCGUAAAAUGGUAAUUGAGGGUUUUCAACCUGAUGCAGAGAGGCUUUGGUGUGAAGGGACUUGGAAAGAGUUUCCAGAGGAAAGGAUCUUACAGCUGAAGUUCUUAGAUAAUAAAGUAGCCGAUACUGUGACAGGGAAGGAGCUUAAAGGGUCAAAAGAAGAGUGCCUGAAGUUGGCUCUGCUUGAUUUGAACGGGCAUACUGUGACUCACGGCCCUGGAUCUUCUGCAAAGGUGGAGAUACUACUUCUUGAGGACAAUUGUGAUAGUAAUGAACACAACAUGACUCUUGAAAAGUUUGAGAGAAGCAUCAUUCAAACAGGAGAUAAGAAGAGGCCACACUUUUCUCGAAAAAGUGUCCAUAUAUUUCUCAAGGAGGGUGUUGCGGAUUUGAAAGGUAUCAAGUUGGGACACGACAAAGAUUGGAUCAAGAUGUGUAGCUGCAGGCUGGGAGCGAGGAUUGGGCAGAAUCUUGAAGGAACCAUGGUGCAUGAAGCAUGGACCGCGCCAUUUGAGAUCAGAGAUAAGCGCCACAUUCAGUAUGAGAAAGAUCCAUAUCCUUAUCUUACUUCUGAAGUUUGGAGAUUGACUGGAAUUGGCAGGACUGGGAAGCGCCGUGAUAGACUGAGAGAGAAAUACAUCGAGACAGUGCAAGAUUUUCUGUUUUGGCACCAUGUCAAUCCUGAGGAGCUCCAAAACACAAUAUUAGAUGUCGGUGAUGGCAUAUGGAAGACAAUAGUGAGUCAUGCUCAGGACUGCAAAAUUGAUUGUGCAAAGAUGUUUUGUCACAAAUCAUCGAGUGAACCUCAAAGAUGUGUUAUUUAUGAUUGUGUGGGAAAACUCAAGGGGGAAAUGAUAGAGUCCCAGUUUGUUGGGAUUGAUAAUCUGUCGGCUGAUAAAAAGGAUGAUGCACUCAAGUUACUGAGAUCUGUGUUACAAAGAGCCUCUGCAUUAUAUGAUGAUGAAAAUGAGUUUACAUACCCAAUCACAAGCACCAUCGGUGGUCAUGGGCCUCUUGGAUCAAAAGAAAGAGGAGAGGUGUCCAAACCUGAUGCUCAACUCACCCCUCUUCAUACUUCAGAUAAUGAGAAACAUGCAAAUCCAUCUCUGUGUGAUGAAGUAUGGCGGUUAGAUUGUAUUUGGAGGCGUGGUGAGAUCGAUAUGCGUCUUCAAGACAACAACAUCUGCACCGUGGAGGAUUUCCUCAUUCAACACCUCAUAAAUCCUCAACGCCUCAAGAGUAUUGUGAAUUCCCCAAAUGAGAAUUGGCAGAAGAUUGUUAGUAAUGCUCGAGCAUGCCUAAGUAGCGAAAGGCUGUACUGUUACAUAGACCCGGAGAAGAAAACAGGCAUCGUCUUCAAUAUUCUAGGACACAUGCUAAGACUACUUCCAGAUCAGACAAGCGCGCAAGAAGAGGCUGAUGCUGAUAAACUGUUAGCAUCUGCUUGCCAGAAUUGGGGGCAGGUAAAGGCCUUUGAUGAUCAGAAUUCUCUUCAGCAGCACCUAGCUGGUUUGAUUCCAUAUAUUGGCGGAUCGAGCAGUAGUAUACAUUUGGACACUUCAUGUCACAGUUUCGACCCGGUGAUGAGCUUUCUUGGAGAAGCUUUCUUUGCAGGCGCUGAUGAGUUCAUGCGCGAUACCUUUGGUUACGAGCAUGGCCUAAUGAACGGGUGGAAUGCAGCAUCUGAGGUGGUUGAUGGUGAGAGAAAGGGAUGGAAAAUAUUGCUCAUUGUUUUGAAAUUUAGGAAGAGGGUGGUUUUAGAUGUUAGUCCAAUCAGAAAGAAAUCGAGAGUUGGUUAACGAUAAUGUUAUCAUGGAAGGGAAGGGUAGCAUUUAGAGUGCUGGAUUGUUGAACUUGAACUUGUUUGAUCAACUGUAUGAUUUGAUUCAUAAUUUUUAAAUUGUGGAUUUAUAUUCUCUAAUCACAAGAGGGCCCACCAAAGAAAUGGAUGCUCCAUUAUUGUGUUUUUUCGAAGAAAGCGAAAAAGGACAAUUCCGUUAUGGUAGUUGGUGA